UAUCGAUAUGUCGUUUUGCUUAAUACGGUUAUUAGCGGCGCUGCUGCUUUGCGCUGUGAGCGCUACUGCCAACCAAACAGUUGAUUGGUGGGAGUCCGCCACACUUUAUCAGAUUUAUCCGCGUUCCUUUAUGGACAGUGAUGGUGAUGGUAUAGGCGACUUGAAUGGCAUCACCUCAAGGUUGGCGUUUUUUAAGGAAAUUGGUGUAACAGCAACUUGGAUCUCCCCCAUAUAUGAUUCACCGAUGGCUGAUAUGGGCUAUGACGUGUCGAAUUACACGAAAAUUUAUCCGGUUUUCGGCACAAUGGAGGAUUUCGAUAAUAUGUUAGCUAAGGCCCAUGAAUUGGAUUUAAAAUUAAUUUUAGACUUUGUGCCUAAUCAUUCGAGUGACGAGUGUGAGUGGUUCCAGAAGUCGAUACUUCGUGAAGAUGGCUAUGACGAUUUCUAUGUAUGGGAUGAUGGCAAAAUUGACCCAGAGACGGGCGAGCGUUUACCACCAAGCAAUUGGGGGGCAACUUUUGGUGGUUCCGCAUGGACUUGGGUUGAAGAACGACAACAGUACUAUCUGCACCAGUUUCUCGCGAAGCAACCUGACUUGAACUACAAUAACCCCUUGGUGCGUGAGCGUAUGAAGGAAGUGAUGAAAUUUUGGCUCGAUCGUGGUAUAGAUGGCUUUCGCAUGGAUGCCACCAACUCUUUAGCUGAAAAACGUUUCGAAAAUGGCACGUAUCCAGAUGAACCAAUCAAGGCUGGAACUGUUGACCAAUUAGAGAGAAUCUAUACCCAAGAUCAAUGGGAAAGUACAGAAAUUAUAUACGAAUGGCGCGAAUUUCUAGAUGAAUAUCAGAGACUCAAUGGUGGAGAUACAAGAGCUAUGAUUAUAGAAGCAUAUUCCGAUGUCGACGUUCUGAGUGGAUACAUAACCAACGGUACCAAGGUCGGUGGUCAGAUGCCAAUGAAUUUUAAUUUUGUAAGACUAAAAGAAAACGCCAAUGCGGAGACCAUUGAAACACAAGCUAACGACUGGAUGGAUGUCAUAUGGGCGAGACAUAAAAUGGCCAAUUGGGUGGCAAACAAUCAUGACAACAGUCGCUUACCAACACGUAUGGGUGAGAGCAAAAAGGAUGCGAUGACUAUGAUAAUACACGCAUUACCCGGUACAUCGGUUACUUAUUACGGCGAAGAGAUCGGAAUGCCUGAUUAUGCCGCCGCUUGCUCCGGAGACCCCUGCAACUUUCGAGAUCCAGAGCGCACACCGAUGCAGUGGAACGGAGCGAAAAACGCCGGCUUCAGCACAGGCAACUCAACUUGGCUGCCCGUCAAUCCCAAUUACUUAUUCUUAAAUGUACAAGUUCAACGAGGAGUGGCGCGUAGCAGCUUGCAAAUUUUCAAGGGCAUGACGGCGUUGAAGAAAACGGAUGCUUUUAAGGCGUUCAAGGAAGAGGGCGGCUUCUCUUAUAAGGCUCUAUCAGAGCAGGUUUUUCAGGUUAUAAGAACCGCGGUCGAUCGUGAAGAAAUUCGUGUGCUUGCCAAUCUAGGCAACCAAAUAGAAUAUUUCGAUGGGUUGACUAACAAAACAAUGGAGUACGUGUUGCUUAACUCUUAUUCACCACACAGAUACGGUGACAAGCUUGAUUUAAGCGGAAGAAUUUAUUUAAUGCCUUAUGAGGCGGUUGUCCUACGCUGGACGGCAUGAAGGGUUGCAUAAUAUUAUGUGUUUAAGAACUGGUUAUGGUUAUAAUGAUAUUCAAGAGUCCGUACAAUUAAAUACUCAGCUUUAUCAACAAAAGCAAUUUGUAUCA